CACGAGACCUGCCUCCUGGACCAGGUGCUGGAGCUGAUUAUGAAUGAGAAGCCCCCCACCAGUGCUAGUCUUUUUCUAAACGAGGACGCGGACAAACCCCCCCUGCCCGAAAGAGGAGACUUGAGGAGGCGCCUACGCAGGGCCAUGGAGAGGAGAGCCAGCAGCAUUAAGGAGAGGAUGAGCUCCAUCAGUAGGGAGAGCAUCACAGGUUUCCUCAAGAGGAACCUGUUCGUUCUGUUCACUGUCGCAGCUGUGGCUCUGGGUGUAAUCCUGGGCUUUACUUUACGCCCCCACAACCUGUCCCUGAGGGAGAUCAAGUACUUCGCCUUUCCUGGGGAGCUGCUAAUGAGAAUGCUACAGAUGCUGGUGCUGCCUCUCAUCGUCUCUAGUCUGGUUACAGGUAUUUCCUCCUUGGACAGCAAAGCGUCAGGUAAGAUGGGUAUGCGUGCAGUGGUCUACUACAUGGUGACCACCCUGAUUGCCGUGUUCAUUGGCAUCGUUAUCGUGAUAAUCAUCAGACCGGGGAAAGGCAGCAGGGACAGUCCCGUGGCCAACAGUGGAAACAUAGAACCAGUUCAGGCUGCUGAUGCUUUCCUGGAUCUCAUCAGGAACAUGUUUCCUCCCAAUCUGGUCGAGGCUUGUUUUAAGCAGUAUAAAACUGUGUACAAGAAAACUGUGCACACAAGGAACGUGACAGUGACCCUGAACCUCACUGAUUCUCUCAACGUGACGGACUCUAACUUGAACGUAAACCUAAGCAGGGUGCUGCACACCAUACAGGAGACAGUGGAGGAGACUGUCCCUGUGUCCGGCUCCUCUGCUGGAGUGAAUGCUCUGGGUCUGGUGGUUUUUUCCAUGUGCUUUGGUCUGGUCAUUGGUAACAUGAAGCAACAGGGUCAGGCCCUCAGGGACUUCUUUGACUGCCUCAAUGAAGCCAUCAUGAGGCUGGUGUCCAUCAUCAUCUGGUAUGCUCCAGUGGGCAUCAUGUUCCUGAUUGCAGGGAAGAUUGUGGAGAUGAAGAAUCUGGCAGAGGUGGGCGGCCAGCUGGGGAUGUACACCGUGUCAGUCAUUGUGGGUCUCCUCAUCCACGGCCUCUUUGUGCUGCCACUGCUCUACUUCCUAGUGACCAGGAAGAAUCCCUACAGCUUCAUUGGUGGCCUGCUGCAGGCACUCAUCACUGCUCUGGGGACCUCAUCAAGCUCUGCUACCCUGCCCAUCACCUUCCGCUGUCUGGAGGAGAACAACCGCGUGGAUAAACGAGUGACACGUUUCGUCCUCCCUGUGGGUGCCACGAUCAACAUGGAUGGCACCGCCCUCUAUGAAGCUGUGGCAGCCAUCUUUAUUGCUCAAGUCAAUGACAUGGACCUAAACUUUGGACAGAUUCUUACUAUCAGUAUCACAGCAACUGCUGCCAGCAUCGGAGCAGCAGGCAUCCCUCAGGCUGGCCUGGUUACCAUGGUGAUUGUAUUGACAUCGGUGGGACUGCCCACAGAGGACAUAACAUUGAUCAUCGCUGUGGAUUGGUUCUUGGACCGCUUGCGUACCACCACCAACGUGCUGGGUGACUCGCUCGGGGCUGGCAUCGUGGAGCACCUCUCCCGCGGAGAGCUGCAGAGUCAGGAUGCUGAGGUGCGCAACUCUGUGAUCGAGGAGAAUGAGAAACCCUACCAGCUUAUCUGUCAGGAAAACGAUUCACUUAAUCACCGCAACAGUGAGACCACAAUGUGAAGACAAGAGCUACACCCUUAAGGGCUUCAUGUACCAAAAGCAUUUUAGCUAGAAGUUUGGCUUGCAUUGGUGCAGGGAUAGUCUUAGAAAAUAAUAGUUCUUGAUCAACUCAGCCAGUACAUGGGGCAAUACAAACCCUGUGCCCAGGCCUGCUUAAUGACAGGAAAUAAGUGAACAUGCUGUUUAGAAACAGUUAGGCAUCCUAUGCCUACAAUCUGAUUAAUUCAGUGCCAGUUAUUUGGGGGCAUUUUGCUGUUUGAUGAUGUUUCAUUCAAUGUCAGGCAAACUCAAUGUGUCAGACGGUCGACAGUUUAAAGUCAUUUUUAGAAAGUCUAUAGCUUCAUCGUGUUUUCAAAGAUUCUUAUGUUUUAUGAUCCAUACAGUCAGAGCACCAGAAACCCCUCCCCAGCAUCAGUGUUAUUACACACAGUAUUAUUAGAGAAACACCACCAUUCACAAACAAAAAAAGUCAACCAGCAUAUUUUCCAAUCUUGUGAAUAUGUAAAUCUGCAUAAUUUGGCUAUUUCUGUUGCAUGACUUAACAUCAAAUAUAUAUUAUUUCUUUUGCAAACACUUAUUUUUUGUCAUUUCCAUUAUGACUACCUCUAACAGGACUUCUACAGCACUACACACAAAAAUACUCAAGCAUAUCAGCAGCAUGUAAAUAAAUCAAUCUCAGAAUUGUUCUGGAUUUCGUGUUUAAGUGUUUAAUAUUGUUUAUGUAAAGGGAUAGUUCAGGUUUUAUUAAGUGGGGUUGUAUGAGGUACUUGGAGGUCAGCUCGCCCCCAGUUUGGAGAAGCAAAGAGGAGUCCUGGCAGAGAAGCAGAGCACUGCUGAAUACAGGGUCAGCAGAAAAAAAUAAUUUCAUCCACAUAAAAAACUCCCACCUUGAAAAACUUAAUAUCAGUUCAUCAUCAACAGUGCUUUGCUUUGCUUCCCUGCUGGGCCUCCUGUCUGCUUCUCUAAACUGGGGCCGGGCCGUCUACUGCAGGUAAUACACUGACUGUGGAUAAGUAUCUCAUACAAACGCACUUCAAACAACCCGAACAAUCAAGUUUGCUUACACAGUGUAAUUGUACAAUUUUGAAUAUACUUGACUGUUAAACACUGGAGGUUGGUGUGAAGGAGAAACUUUGCUAAUUAUUGUUUUGAGUUUGAUAUAAUAAGUGACUUUGUAGAACGUUUUCCCCUCAGUACUUUCUUAUAGAUAUUAUAUUUGUGUGUGUAUUUUCAUGUAUUUCUUUGGUGCUAUUGCUUUUAAAUUAUGGGUACAGGACUGUACUGCUACACGGCAAUUUCAUAGGAACACCUGCAGUUAUAUUUGUUCUUGAUCUUUUUUUACUUCAGGAAAUAUCAAACAGAAGAGGGAAAUAUCAAACAGAAUGACAUUUAUUGU